CAUAUUUCUUGGUUUGGGGGCGCGGGGCGAUUUGCGGCAAAAAACAGGCACGUGACGGGCCCUCGUCAUGGCCCUUUUUGACGACGACGACGACGCGUUGCUUUUGCAGCUCGUCGGGGCCACGCCCAGACCGCCGCCCGCCGCCGCGCCCGCAGCCCCACACCACCAGGCCGCCCCGCUGCCGUUGUUCCGGGCCCAGGGCGAAAUCUCCAUCUUGAGGGCCCAGCUCGAGGCGCUCCAGAACCUGCGGUCUCGUGAAGUUGCCCAGCUUAGCGCCGAGGCCCAGGCCUUGCGCCUUUCUGCCCAGGAACACGUCGCGCUGCUCAAGCUGACCGUCGACAAGCUCGAGGACGAGAAGAAGUUCUUGGGCAACGAGCUCCGCUCGCUCUCGUCGGUCAAGCGGCGGCGCGUGUCCGACCACUCCAACGGCGCCCCGGAGGCUCUGCAGUGGGGCGGCGGACCGGAAACUCGGGCAGGGCUGCCGGCGCCAGACGCGCCCGGCCCGGCCCCCCGGGCUCACGGCGCGGCACAGGGCCCCCGCAUCCAGUUGCAGGACGACUGGUCCCAGCUUUGCCACCACUUGUGGCGCCACACGAUCAACGGGGCCGGCCGCACCUCCAUGGCGUUCCUCUCGAAAAUAUGCUCCCAGAGGACACUCGGCGUCCACGGCGCCAUUGCCGUUGCCGCCAACACGCCGCUCCUGUCGUGCGUGUGGGACGCGCUAUUGCAACUCCGCCACUUGCGCUUGGACAAGCUUGUCCAACAGGCCUGCGAGCUGCUUCUCCUCGUCAUCCAGGAGCUCUUGCGGCUCCACGAGCAGCGAGAGCCGGGCGUGCUCGUGGCGGUGCCGUUUCUCAUUUCAGUCGUGCAUGCGGCGGCCAACUUCAAGACGUCCGCGGUCACCGAGUCCUUGGCCACGACGCUUGUGGAAGCCUCCUGCCGGAUCCUGCGCAGGUUCGUGCAUGUGCUCCGUCUCCACGACGAGGAGGACGAGGCGUCCUCUGGCAUCAAGGCUGUGCCGUACCAGCAACGGCUAUUCGAGAACCUCAUUCUCGUUCUCGCGUUCGACGUCCUUGAGUCGGCUGCCGUCAUCUCCUCGCAGUUCGGGCCCCUGUUCUCCCGCCACAUGUGGGACCUGGGAGUCAUGGACGUCGGGCUCAUGCACCAGGUGCUUCCCGAGAACACCGAGCGGUUUGUGUCUUCCGUGCAAAUCAACUUGGUCUCGAGUCUCGUCGAGGUCUUGUCUGCCUCCAUAAACGAAAACCACUUCUGCUCCUCGGACGACCCCUCGAACCUGCGGUUCGUCAAGUCUUUGCUCAAGGUGUUCAUCAUCGACAUUCGCAUCAAAGACGACUUCAUGUUCUACGGCCUCAAUCGGGUUUUGGGAAACAAUCUCGAUCUCGACAAAAUUAGCCAGGCGGUCCCCCCGGAGCCCGAGCGGCUUUUCAACAAGACGCUCGUGUCCAUUCCGUACCCUGUGAGGCCCCAGGAACUAGACACCCAGCACAGUUUCACCCGAGCGCUUCAACACGAUUGUCACUUGCUCGCCCUACGUGUUCGCAUCGUGAUGUUGUUGGAGUCGAUUGCGAUCUCAAGCAGAAUCCAUCUUCUCAACCUGAAAGAGAAUAUCAAGUCAAUUGUCAGGAUCAUUGGCUACGAGCAGAACCUCAUCAUACACCAACCGCGCUCGCAGCUGAUUCACAUGAGACUCACCAUAAUAACGGUGUUUGUGCGUAUACUAUUCUACGUCAUCGAGGAAGAGAGAAACAUCAACACCUUGAUAUAUCCCGAGACGCUCUAUGAGAUAUUCGUUGUGCUCCUGCGAAUAGCAUUCGCCUCAGACUCGCUUUCUUUCGACGCCCACGAGCUCUUGUCACAGAUCAGAGCUAAGGGCUUCACGGAAACCGGCGUGUUCAACAGAAGCUGCGAGUCUCGCAGCCGAGAAAUGGCUCAUUUCGAUCUAUUCAAUCCCAACCCACAGCAGCACACUCAUUUGGCAGGGAUAGAGGGCGACUUUGCGAAUGGGCUUGAAUUUCCUUAUGAUCUGGAUACCAUCGAGAUAGCUAGGGAAAUCUUAAACGUGUGCGUGAACCACGACGAGGCAGACAACUUGUACUAUAACAUGAACAAAGAGGCACAGUGA